AUGGUGAUGGUGUCAAAUGGAACAGAUAAUAUUAGAGCUUGCAAAAAUCAAAAUUUCUUGGGUGUGACAAGUGAACAGAUUGCAGUAAUGGCAGCAUUUAUAGAAGCAUUUGAACGAGGUAGUCAGAAAGCAUAUUCACAUACUAAUGCUAUUCAGAUGGCCUGCAGAUUAUUUGCCGAUGAAGAAACAUUUGAUCGAGAAGAUGGUAAAAAUAAAUUCCAUCAUAAUAUUCUAUUUUAUAUCAGCCGAGGUGUAAUGUCAGAAUUAGGUGAAGCAAUUUCGGUCUUAAAUGCUGUGACUGAAAUUGUUUUAAAAGCGAAUAUUCGCGUAAAAAUUAACACCGUGGCAUUGAAUGAUGGUGAUGAAACACCCCUUUUUUGGUCGUAUGAAUUUUUGAAAAACAUUGCGGAAAUGAAUUUCACGAAAUAUCAGCAAUCACUUGACGGAAAGCUGAAGGCGGCCUUGAACAAAAUGAUAAUACCGGGAAAGAUGAUUUCAAUUGGAUCUAAUGAGCAUGCAACGUUAACAUUACGCCGAAUGUUUGAACUUCUUUCCAUUGAUAAUAAUGACGAACUGCUCACUCAUUCAUCGAAUGAAGAAUUAUUCUGGUCGUAUCCUUUUAGUGAAUAUCAGUCAACAUUGGUUUCUCUCUCAACUAGCUUCCGGAAAGAUAAUAAAUUGGCAGCUGUUAUUGGUAUGGAUUUGAAUUUGGAUAUAAUUGCUGAUGUUAUCAAAUAUAAUGAUUUGGUAGUUAUGGCACCAGCAAAAACUAAAUUACGGAUUUUUCUUUGUGAUUUGCAGGGUCGAGUUAUCAUCGCUUCUCAUAUGCGUAAAACAUCACCAUGGCCUUUGCAUAUCGGAACGUUGGAAGCUUGGUCAGAAAAAGAUCUAUGGCUUAGUGAACAUUUCUCAUUGGAAGAAAUCAGCGAAGGCUCAUUCGAAAUUAUAAAGGAAGAAGUGAUGGAGAAAAUAAAAUUAAAAUAUACAUGGAUGAGGCUAAAGAAAGCACCAUUUGUUGUUGUUAUGGCAAUGAAAGUUAGCAAAAUGGAGGUCAAAAUUUCAAUGCUUUUAAAAAAUUCAAAACAGGAAUAUGUGUUGGAUAAUCUUGUUUACCAUCGCCUCGAUAUUCAGAGAGAUUCAUCGCUUUCAUACUGCUCGCACUUCGGCUAUCUUUCUACUAUGAAAUUAGGCGGUGUUUAUCUGAGUCCAAGUUGUUUCACAGUUUCUUCCUUGCAGCGUCCACCAUCUCCACAGUGGAUUGCAAAUUAUUGGGUAUAUUUAGGUGAUCCAUUCGGUUUAAUUCGAAAUACGGGUAUUCGACUGAGUGUUCGUGAACAUGUCAAUGCACUGUCUGCUAUUAUACCAUAUUGGCGUGAUAAAACAACUAGUGAUUCACAUGAAUUUGUUUUGCGACGUUAUAUAGCCACUACACGAGGUGUUAUGAUCACUUAUCCAGCAACUGUGAUUCGUGACAAUUAUGAACCUGACUUGCAACCGUGGUAUGUACGUGCUAAUGAAUUUCUUGGAAGAAUUGUUGUGACAGGGCCAUUCUUGGAAGAUAAUGUUGGACAAGUUAAGCUUUUUUUAGGUCAAGCUGGAACUAUGCAUAAUUCCAACGAUCAAGUUUUUGCUGUCGUUGCUAUGGAUGUAACUACGGGAUUUUUCUCAAAAUUGUUGCGAAGCACGAUUAACGUUUGUAAAGAGAAUAAAUUUUUUAUAUGUUUUAAAAAACAAAAUGACAAUACACAUUUGAAUUCUCAAAUUUUUGAUAAUUAUCAGUCACGGCGUUGUGUUUUGUUCGAUGACCUGGGCAAUGUGAUUUCACGUGGAAUAGAAACGAUUGUGUCCAGUAAAAAAACUCGGUCUUAUGGAAGAAGCGUUUCGUGGAAUGCCGUCGAACGUUUCCAUAUUAGUUAUUUAGAGCCUCAGCUUGCAACAUAUUUAAUCACGAAAACAAAAUUUGUUCAAAAAAGGCAGUGUAUGCAAUGGGCUACUCGCUCAGUUGAACGUUUUUUCCGAUUCAAUAUUUCGUAUUCAGACGCUUUAACGAUUCCAUGUGAUGAUUCUAGCUCAGUACUAGGUAUGAAAUUGGGAAGUAUUCGUGCGGAAGUAAUCCCGGUGCCACACACGAAUUUGUUUCUUGCUCUUAUAAAUGAAAGUUGUGAGCCACAACACCCCAUUCAAGCAUUUUGUCCAUGUUCAGUUAGUGAUCGUCGUUGUCUUCUUUGCACACGUUUCGAUGAUGCUGAAUGUGAAUGUCCAUGUCAGUGUACAUUAAACUGUAAUGCACAAUGCGUAGCCAGUUCAUCAAAUGUUUCACUUUAUCGGAAAACUUCUUUUGUACCAAAUGUAGAAUGUUCAGAUCUAGAGGAAUGUCCGGCAAUGGCUACUAUCAUUCCAUUCAGUGCUAGGCCGUUACAGAAAACUGUACUGUCAGAAUGUAUCAGUAUCAAAUGUGAAAAUUAUAAAACGAUAGAUGAUUGUUUGGGUGUACUGGGAUGUCAGUGGUGUACAUUUGAUAGCGAUGGGCAAACGCUUCUUCUGAAUCCCUCUUGUGUCUCCACUGACCAAUGUUUCGGUGGUACAAAAGGAAGACGCAUCAGAGGUUUCUUGGAAAGUGAGUCGCAAUUGGCUGCACAGUGGUCAGUUGGUGCACCUGUUGGACCAGUUGCUGCUGGCAUAAUGAGUGUUUUCUUAAUUAUGGUUAUGGCUGUGUAUUGUUAUCGAAGUCAGGUUAAUCGUUUGGUGGAAGCGAAUUCGCUUAUGGAUUCAUAUGGUGUGCCAUUAUGUGGGAGAAAUUUUGAGGAUGAUGAUUUUCAGCUUGAUCAUGAUAUUUCUGGAGUUGUGAAAGAGAAAGCAGUUGCUUUGGUUCAGCUGACAUCAUUUGAAAGAAUGUCCAAUCCAUUGGCAACAGUUCGUCCACAGUACCGAGUUUCGCCACGCACUGAAUCAAGUGAUCAGGGUUAUUCUACAAUGACUGAUCGCAUGCAAGGUGAUGAAAGUGAAUGCGCCACUAGCAAUAUUAAUAUUUCGCAAGAGACCGGAAAAACGAUAUUAACAACAAUGGAUACAAAUGAAGAUGUUUGUUCUAUCAUUGUGACCACAGAAGCCGAUGUACAUCAGGCACCGCGAAAUUUGCUUAUGUCUUCGUAG